ACUGGGGCAGUAUAAAUAGCGGAGUCGAUUCAGUUGGGUCAAGUAGUCGAUACAUUCGAAACGUACCAAAAUGUUCAACAAAACGAUUGUCGUUGCCCUCCUUGUGUGCGCCUGCUACCUUGGCACUAGUGAUGCUCGCCCCGGACUUACCGAUGUGGCCACUGGACCAGUUGGAGCAGCCGCGCCAUUGGUAACUGGAGCUCUUGGUGGCCUAACUGGAGGAGUAGCUGGCUCCGCUCUGCCUCAGCUGACUGGUUCUCUUGGCCAGUCAGGACCUUUGGGAUUGGGCCAAGGACCACUUUCCGGACUUACCGGUUAAUCCCUUGAACACUUCGGAAGCUCCUAGGCAACUUUUUGUCAAACAAAACAAUGUUUCAAGCAAAGAGUAUAAAAUUUAGCAUAAUUUUUCGAAUUUCAAUUUCAAAUAAAGUGACCUUUUGACCAUUUAAAAAAAA